UUUUUUUUUGUGGUCAAACACCAUAAAAAACAAUCGGCAGCCGAUUCCUUCCUCCUCACACUCCUAUACAUACCAUGGACACCGGUCCCAAGAUCAUCAUUGUCGGUGCUGGCCUCGGCGGGCUCACAAUGGCCCUUCUGCUCGAGCGGGCAGGCAUUGAUUAUGUGGUCUUGGAGCGCAGCCACAAGAUUCGGCCUCUAGGAUCCGCCACAGGACUUGGGUUCAACAUCAUGCCCCUGUGCGAACAACUCGGCAUCUGGGAAGACAUGAAAAAGAUAUCCAAGACCAUCGAGUUAACCACGGUCUUCAGAGACGACAUGGAUGUGAUCCGUGAGGUCAAGCUGAAGGACAACAAGGCCUUGACGGGAUACGACAGUCUAAUAAUGCCCAGGAUAGACCUUCACGCCCUCUUGCUGUCGCGAGUGCCUGCGGAAAAGGUGCUCAUGGGCAAGAAGGUUCUCUCCGUUCUCCAGAACGAGCACGGCGUCAUGGUUAGGACAUCGGACGGGAUGACCCACGACGCAGACAUUCUGAUUGGCGCCGAUGGUGCGUACAGUGGCGUGAGGCAGAGUCUAUACAAGCAAUUGGAGCGGGUUGGUCAACUUCCUCGAUCCGACAGCGAGCAGUUGAAGGUGUGCCAUACCAGCUUCCUCGGAACGACUGCCCCGUUGGACCCUGAAAAGUUUCCAGGCUUGAAGGACCAUUUUUCGCAUUGUGAUACGAUCAUUGGAACUGAUCGACCCGAAACUUGGAGAUACUUUACAGUGCCAGACAACCGUGUCUGCUGGAGAAUUGACGUCCAGCUCGAGUCCACAGUGUUCGAGGACAAUGACACAUUCCGUAAUUCUGAGUAUGGGCCCGAGUCAUGUGAAAUGAUCCCAGAGGAGUGGAGGUCGUUCCGAUUGCCGAUCAACGGUACCAUGGGCGAUUUGAUCGAUGCGACGCCCAAGGAACGUGUUAGCAAAGUGAUGUUGGAAGAGAAAAUCUUCACGACAUGGUAUUAUUCCAGAACGGUGCUCAUCGGGGAUGCAUGCCACAAGAUGCUACCCAAUUUUGGACGAGGAGCGCUCAAUGCAAUGAUGGACGCGGUAUCGCUCGCAAACGCACUUUACGAAAUGCCCUCAUGCAGUAUGAAGCACCUUAGCGCGGCCUUUGAGGAAUAUUAUAAGGAGCGCUUCCCUACGAUGACCAGUGAGCUCGCAGCAAGUCAACAAAUGUCCAAGGUCAUGGCAGGACAGAGCCGGCUAGAUUCCGUUACGCGCCAUGUGAUGCUGAAAUACGUGCCCAACUGGUUCCAACAAAAGAACGUGGAGUACGAGGCCACGGUGAGGCCCCAGGCGAACUUCAUUCCGCGCGUAUCGAAUCGAGGCACGCUGCCGGUCAAACCCCAGAAGGAAUCCAAAAAGUACGCGGCACUGGUAGCAACAAGGGGCGCCAAAGAAAUCUGAAGAUGAUCUACGGUAACAAUACCAAUCAGCAUUGGGUGAGGGCAAGGGUGCACGGGAAACCAACACUGUGUGCUUUCACGAAUCGAUUGUGUACAACCACAAUUUUUCAAAUAUACAGUACAAAAUAUAAGCAUUACACAACCAUGUAACCAU